AUGUAUGUAGGUUCGUCUUCUAAACGCCGUUUUUCUCCUCAUUUAACUGGCCUUCUGUCUUCCGAAAAAGGGUCCUGUUCUUCUGUUGGUAACGAUGCUUUACUUUUGCCUUCUUACGAUGAUAUCGGCGAUUGCACCUUUGUUUGUAGAUUUUGUAGUGUUUUUUUCUGGUUUGAUGAAAGGGUUAUGUAUUUGUCACGUCCAGAUUGCCCUGCCUAUACGCGGUGUUGUAAAUCUGGUUCUGUUGUUUUACCGUAUCCACUUCUACCUCCUAAAUUGUUGCUUGCUCUAUUUGAUUUUCGCCCUUUCAUCAAAAACAUAAGGGCUUAUAAUAGUAUGUUUAGCAUGAUGUCUUUUGGAGGUAAGGUGGAUGACACUGUUAAUAGGGCGGAUGGUCCAUAUGUAUUCAAAGUUUCUGGUCAGGUUUGUCAUUGGAUUGGUGCUUUUGAUGUUGUUGAUGAAAAAGGACCAAAGUUUUUGCAAUUGUAUAUUGUUGAUACAGACCAUGAAUUGCAUAAUAGGCUCUCUGCUUUUCCAAAAAAUGAAAAUGGCUGUUUAGAUUCAACAAUAGUUGAGGCUCUUAUGGAUCUUUUUACAGCUCAUAAUGAAUAUGUUAGAACUUUUAAAUGUGCAAAAGAUAUUGCUGCUGAAAGAAACUUACCUGAAUAUGCAGUUCGUCUUUUUAAUGAUGUUCCUAAUCGUCUUGGUCCUCCGCGUAGGAUUAGUAAACUUCAUCCUAGCUACAUGCCAUUGCAGUAUCCUGUUUUGUUUCCCUAUGGUGAGGAUGGUUGGUCCCCAAGGUUGAAGCUUUUAAAUGAGCAAUAUUUAGUUGACGCAUAUGCAUGUAUUGAACUUUCGCGGCUUGAUUUUUAUGAACAAAAUCAAAAUCACCUAAGAUCAGCAUAUGUUAGUAUUAUUUACGAUGUCAUAUCACGUGGUGAUACUGAUGGUAGAAGUAUUGGUAAGCGUGUUAUUUUACCACCAUCUUUCGUCGGUGGUCCAAGGUAUAUGUACAGUCAUUAUCAGGAUGCCCUUUCUAUUUGUCGGGAAUAUGGGAAUCCACAGUAUUUUAUAACAUUUACGUGUAAUGUUGGUUGGCCAGAAAUCAGCAGUUUUCCUUUUUUAACGGUUCUUUCUUUGGCAGAUCUAUAUACUAUUGAAUUCCAGAAAAGGUGUUUACCGCAUUGUCAUGUGCUCAUAUGGAUAGCAGAUUCCCACAAGAUAAAGGAACCAUCUGCCAUUGAUGCUUACAUUACAGCUGAAUUACCUAACCCUAUUUUGGAGCCAUUAUUAUAUCAGACAGUUAUAAGAUGCCUUGUACAUGGACCGUGUGGUUUGCUAAAUACUAAGUCCCCAUGUAUGAAGGAUGGUAAGUGUAAGAAAAGAUUCCCAAAAAAUUUCCGUAACGAUACAGUUUUUGACAAGGAUGGUUAUGCACAUUAUAAAAGGCGAUCUGGUGCGGUCCAUAGGUUAGAAACAGGUGUAGAAAUAGACAACAGGUUCAUUGUCCUGUAUAACAAAAGACUGUGUUGUCGUUUCAAUGCACAUAUAAAUGUCGAGUAUUGUGGGUGGAACAUGAUGAUUAAGUAUCUGUUCAAAUAUGUAUCGAAGGGAAUGGAGCGUGUUAGGUUUGUUAUUCAGAGAGAUGUGCACACUUCUGGAUCUUCUGUUUCAGUAGAACCUCCUGUCAUUGAUGAGAUUAAGAACUACAUCGAUGGCCGUUUCCUCUGCCCUCAUGAAGCCGCGUGGCGUAUACUUGAUUUUCCGAUUCAUGACCGAGAUCCGUCAAUUGUCAUACUCCCUGUACAUUUGCCAAAUAUGCAAUCUGUGUUGUUUAAAGAAAACAUUAGUAUUAACCAGGUUGUUGACGAUCCCAUCUUUGGAAGCAGUUUGUUGUUAGGUUGGUUUGAUAACAAUAAGUGGGAUAGAACUGGUCAUAAUCUUACAUAUAGCUCAUAUCCUACUAAGUACUGGUGGGACAAACAGGCAAAAGCUUGGAAGAGAAGGAAACGUUGUAAUUCUCAUGCAUUAGGUAGACUUAUCUUUGUUCAUCCAUCUGCUGGAGAGUUAUUUUACUUAAGAAUGUUGCUUUGUCAUCAAAAAGGUUGUAGGUCUUAUGAAGAAGUUCGUACUGUCUCUGGCACUGUGUACUCUGAUUUUCGAGCUACCUGUGAUUCGUUAGGUCUAAUAGGGGAAGAUCGAGAGUGGAUGGACGCUUUUACUGAGGCUUCUGAAUGGGCUACAUCGUCUCAGCUUCGUUCUUUAUUUUGUUAUCUGCUCCUUCUAUGUGAUGUUAACGAUCCUAUGUGUUUGUGGCAUUUUGGAUGGAAGAAAAUGAGUGAUGAUUUGGUACACAAUAUAAAGAUGUCAAAUCCUGGUGUUGAUGUAAGUAUAGAUGAUUUGCACGUACAGCAGAUGGUUUUAUAUGAACUGGAUCAUGUGCUUAGGUCAUCUACACCUUCAAAAUCUGUUGUUGAUUUUCAUUUGCCCAAACCUACAGAGGAGACUGUUGCUAUGUUAAGAAAUAGACUUUUUUUAGAAGAGACAACGUACGAUAAGGACAUUUUGAAAGCUACUCACCAACAGAUGUUGUCGUCUCUAAAUGAUGAGCAGCUGAACAUCUAUAAUGUUGUUCAAUCUGCAGAAGCUAAAAGCCAACAGAUGUUGCUUUUCGUUUAUGGCCAUGGAGGGACUGGUAAAACUUUCCUGUGGACAACAAUACUAGCUUAUUUCCGUUCAAGAGGAAAAAUAGCUCUUGCUGUUGCUGCUUCUGGUAUAGCAUCUCUGCUUCUUCCAUCAGGAAGAACUGCUCAUUCCAGGUUCAAAAUCCCAAUUGACUUUACUGAUAAUGUUGCAUGCAAUAUUACAAAAAAGACAAUGCUUGUUGAGUUGUUGAAUGUAACUUCCAUCAUUAUAUGGGAUGAGGCUCCCAUGAGUGACAGACAUUGUUUUGAGUGUUGGACCAUUCUUUGA